AUGAGGGCUGAAGCAGCUUUGUGGCUUUUGCGGCAAGGCGGUCGGAAGUUGGAGCGGUAUGUGGAGGAAUUCCUUGAGCUAGCUAACCAGCUGAGCUGGCACGACGCUGCCUUAGCCCCCUCUGAAGCACACCGUGUCGUGUCAGCUCACACCACGCCGGGAGCCCCCAUAUGCUGCGCCAACGGUUCAGACCGCCUGCCCCGCUCCAAACGAACCCCCCUGGUCCAAGGCUCCAUCUGCUUCCUCAGCCCGGAAACGCCGGCCGCGGCUCGCUCAAAACCCCUAAAACCCCAAAAGUCUCACGGACUCCAUGCGGUUGUGACACCACUAUUCCAAACACAGUUGAAGAUACGAGUUGUCGGGAACAGUUACUGUAAAUCUGUCUAUGGGAGCUCAUUUACAGACAACAUGAUGUGUGCUGGACAAGCCGAGGGUGGGAAAGGCACAUGUCAGGGAGCCGGUGGAGGUCCAAUGGUCGUUGAGGACCCCCAGUGGAUUCAGUCUGGCACAAUGAUUUUCGGUGUAGAGUGUGCGGCAUCCAAGUACCCUAGCGGUUUCACCAGAGUGUCCCAAUACCAGGACUGGAUCAGCUCUGUGAUAGGCAGUGACCUGCCGGGAUUUCUUAAAUAUAGUGGUUUCAGAAGCUCAACCAGCCUCCCUUUAUUUUGCUUUUCACUCACAUUUUCCAUCCUUCCUCUCAUCUUCUCUCUGACUGUUAUCGCUUACUCUGUGUCUCCUGCGUCCUUCCAGCAGCAAAACUGUGACAGAAGACCCGACCAAACACAGUUACCUCCGUUUGUGAGCCGGCUACAACACCCGCUACGAAGGAAGUAUGCUGAGGCCAGUGUUAUUGCAGAGAGGAGCUCUGCCCACUGCAACAUGGCUGAGGGUGAGCUGGUUGAAAAACUGGGACUGUUUGAGGAUUAG